UUUCUUUCUGUGACUUUCAAGCUUGCUGGUUUGGAAUUUGAGGUUUGUGAUGUGUGCCGAACAUAUGCGGUAAUAAAUUGUUUCGAUUCAGCAGAAAAAUAGUUUCUACCGAACGGGACUUACAUCACUAUGUCAACGCACUGUGUGAUCAGUCAACAAACAAAAAUCUGCCGGACCACGAGAAACAAAUAUCGUAAACUACAGAAGGUCUUCUACUAAAUCGAGAUUUCGUCCACAUAGUUUCGCAAACUAAACAGUAACAAGAUGCCAAUGGUUCUACUAGACAGGUUACCAUUGCCUAAUUUGAAGGCAUACUCUUUUGUCAGUCUAGUGGCCCUUUCAGCAUGUGUCUACUUCUCAAGCCAGACCAUAAAGGACCCCAGCUGGAAUAGUAUGUCUGAAAUUAACAGUAAGGCUGUCCUAGUUCACACUGACAGGAAUUCCACUGAACCUGACAGCAGGUCCAUCACUCAAUUCAUGUUUGAUGUCUUCACCGUUAUGAUACGAGAGCCUAUCUGUGUAUGGACGAUGAUCAACAUGGCGUUCUGCUGGCUGAUCCUGCUAGGAAGGGCAGUCCAGAAGUUGGUCUUCGGCGAACUCAGAGUCUCGGAGCAACAGCAGCUCCGCGACAAAUUCUGGAAUUUCGUAUUCUACAAGUUCAUAUUUGUGUUUGGUAUCAUUAACGUGCAAUUCAUAGACGAGGUGCUGCUGUGGUGCUCCUGGUUCUCUCUACUCGGAUUCCUACAUCUCCUGUCGCAACUCAGCAAAGACAGAUUUGAAUAUUUGUCUUUCUCACCAAGAACUCCGUUCUGGAGUCACGUAAAACUGAUGGCUCUAUUGGCAGCCAUUUUUGCCCUUUCUGGUUUCAUGCUGCUCGUCUCGGUCUUUGUGGGGUUCUUUGGAGGAUUUAACACCUUUGCCUUCAUGUCCGCCGAGGUAAUACUGCUUGCCAUCCGAACCCUACACGUCAUCAUUCGCUACGCCCUCCACCUGUACGACAUGCGCCACGAAUCCAACUCCUCCAUCAACACCAGCGAGGAGAACAAGGUCUGGGAGAAACGUGGCCCCAUCUCCUACUACACCGAGCUGGGCUUCGAACUGACCGCCCUGAUAAUCGACCUCGUGCAUCACCUGCACAUGCUGCUGUGGAGCAACAUUUUCCUUUCCAUGGCCAGUCUGGUGAUAUGCAUGCAGUUAAGGUAUCUCUUCCACGAGAUCCAGCGCAAGUACAAGAAGCACAGGAACUACCUGUGGGUGAGGAACCACCUGGAGCAGAACUAUCCGAUGGCGACGAGCGAGGAACUGCAGGAGAACUCCGACAAUUGCGCCAUCUGCUGGGAGAAGAUGGAGGCCGCCAGGAAGCUGCCAUGUUCCCACCUAUUUCACAACACCUGCCUGCUGUCCUGGUUGGAACAAGAUACGUCCUGCCCGACUUGCCGGAUGGCGCUGAAUAUUCAGAAUCCCUCCACAACCCACAACGAGCCUCCCGAGUUGCAAACCGACCCACAGGAAACCGUGAGAAGACCGUUCAAUCACUUCUUUCACUUUGACGGUUCGAGAUACGUGUCAUGGCUGCCGAGUUUCUCCGUUGAAGUCAGUCAUGCUCAAACUAUACGUCAGAAUCAUAACGCCGCUUCAAAUUCCCAGUUGGAUGCAAUGGCUAGACAGGUACAGACCCUGUUUCCCCAUAUUCCGCUGUCCGUCAUCAUUGAAGACCUGCGUGCUACUCGCUCCGUAGAACUGACCAUCGAGAACGUGUUGGACGGUAGACUAGUGAUGCCGCCCAUGUUCAGAGACCUCGAUUUGGAACAGUUGUCCAGCAGGCCGCUAUCUUUGUUGCAGUCUGUUUCCGAACCGAGCACCACAAGGAAUUGGGACGAGUUUAACAUGGACAAUGUUGAGACGGAAGAUACGAUGACGUUAGGAAGCCGCUUCUCAAAGUCGUCCUCGGAACGCGAGAAGAUCCUCCACAGAAGAAAGGAGAACAUGAUCCAGAUGGCCAGGAGACGAUACAUCGAGAAGAAGAAAGCGGCGGCAGCCGCCGCCAAGACCGAACUGCAGAGCAGUUGAAAGAGGGAGAGGUUCAAGUGGAGGAAACCGAAGAAAGCCAAGCAAAAAGUCCCCAACGCUCCCCGAUAAAUUGUUCAAACAAAUUUUCCGUGGUUAUAAUAUUGCUACAAUAGUUACGUGUAUUAGGAUUUUAAAAAUUUACCGCAACCCACAAGGAGUACUGUCACGGUAAGGUCCGAUUUUACACUUAGUACCAUAUCGUUUCCUUUUCUGUAUAUAGUGUGUAAUUUUUUUGUUAUUGUUCCUGUUUAUUUAUUUUUGAAGAUUUUUGAGAUUGAAGAAAUAUUUUAGUAUAUGAGAUAUAGACAUUUUGCAGUUCGUUCCAAAGGAGAGGUACGAGAUGAAAUGAUAUCAUAUAUUUUUUACUGAUGUGUCGCUAAAUUUGUAGUGAGUAAGAUGUAACUUAACAUGUGAUUUGUAUAUACAGAGUCGCUUUAUUUUUUCAUUGGCACAAUGUACGCUUUUUUUGUAGUUUAUUAAAUUCUAGCACUAACGCAUCUUGACUUUAAUGAAAUUGAGUGGCAAUAUAACAUAUAUUUUUAUAGCAUCCUUAUUACUAUUGCUUUUUUGUUGGGUUUAUACCUCUAUUAUACUGGGUGAUUCCUAGGUUGGGUCACUUUUUUUAUACCACGUAAAACUGGUUAAAAUAUUUUUUUUCGAAUACGGUUUUUCAAAAAACUUAUAAAUAAAAAUGUCCCGUAUUAAUUUCAAGAACAUUUAUUUCGGUUCUUUGAAUUUAGAAAAAGAUUCAAAAGCCGCCAGUCUGAUAAAAAAAAUUAGGCGCAACGUACCAUUUGUUUUAGGUGAUCGACUUGUAUAAAUUCUUUGCAAAUUUCAGCUUGAAUUUUUUUUGCAACUAUGGAAAGCUGUAGAACUUGAAAAAAUUUUAUUUCGAGCAUUACAUACAGGCUGUUAAAAAAAUUUUUCGAUUUAAGAAUCGCCUUAUAUGUUUUACAUUUACAAUACAAUAUCUGAUAUUUCCGUUGAAAAUGUAUCUUGAUUUAUUUAUAAUAAGUUAUAAUUAUAAAUUAAAACCAUACACUAUAUAAUUUUCUAGCUUUUUAAAAAUAGCAGCACUAAAUUCGUCACUCAAAUAUCCAUAAAUAGUUUUAGUUAAUUCCAUUAACGACAAAUCGUAAAUUUGUAAUGGAUUUUUCAAAUUUUUGAAGAGGUAAUUUGUUAAGAGGCUAUAGCAAAUAGGCAACCCGUCAUAUAUUUUUAUAGAUUUUAUUACACAGUUUGUCUAAAUAUGAAUCAAUGUACAAAUAGUAGACUUUCCUCCAUUCUAACGCAGAUAUGCUAUAAAAUGAAGUUGGUUUGAAAUAGUGAUGGGAUCAUCCGAAUGAAAAAUAAUCGAUCAUCCGAUUAUUGAAAUAAUCGAAACCUACCGAUUAUUAAAAAAGAAUAAUCGGUACGUAUUCGUCGAUUUGAGAAGCCGACUACGAAGCUGAUGCCAUCUGCGGUCGAAUAAUAAUCGGUCGAAUCGGGUAAUCUGGUCUCGCAUCGAUUCUCUCACGUCCUAGCUCCUAGCGUGUACGGAGGGUGGGCGAGUAUAGUGGACUGCCGCACGCCUUCAGUUAUUUUACUUCUAUUCACACAAAAUUUAAAUUCGUUGGAGGAUAGAUGGAGAAAUCACUAAUUAUAAAAAUACAUUAUUGGAGUGAAAAUAUUGAAAACGUAACUAUUUUAAAAAACAAAAUAAAUAUAUAGA